CAAUUGCCUUGCCUCCGCCUGUACUGACAGCUGUCUUUGACCUCCUCUUUAUCCGCCAGUCCUCGACCUGUGUGUUGUACCUGUUGGAUUCUGGUCCUGUCUCCAGGGUUCCCCACGAGCCCACUUCUUAUCUGAGCUACCCCGACUGCUGGCCCGCUGCAUGACGCAGCCUCCCAGACCUCGCCAGGUGCCUCCAGCUUGCUCAACCCAAACGGACUGCAUCUUGGCAACGGGCAGACACUACACAACAACCUCGAAUCACACCCACGCCCACCCUCGAACAUAACCCCCAGGCGCCCUCUCCCUCGACAUAUUCCCAGCCAGCUUCCGCGUUUCCCAUUGUUGAGAUUGCGACAGGAUUCCAGAAUCGCCUGCCAUGGUUCGGCGAGAGAACCCCACUGGUGACGCGGAGAGCUCACAGCCAUGGCCAGGCUCAGGUCCCGAUUCCGACUCUACCGUCUGGGACAGCCAGGCGCGAGCUGACAGUACAUCGACAAUAGCAAGCCCUGUGCCGGAUCCCUUGCGGCCUGGUGUGGUACCCGUAACUACCCCGGGCUUCGCCCAAGACGACAUCAAUCCGUGGGGAGAUCCGGACCAGAGCGACGGCACCUCCCAGAGCAAACCAAAGCAAUCCGCUGACACAACCUCUCAAGUACCUCGAGCUUUGCAGCCCGGCGUGGCGAGGAAGGAGACCAAUCCAUUCAAGAGGAAGCCUGCCCCCAAUCGCGCGGCGCCCCAGGACGUCCCGGCGUCGCUGUCAGUUCCAACGAGACCUCCGCCAUCAACCACCCCUCCAACGGCGGCACUCUCGCAGAUGCGUCUCGAAGAGCCCGAAAACAGCUCCAACCCAUGGCAGCCAGCCAAAUUGGACGAUCGAAUCGCAUCGAAUCAUGCGACCGCUCCUCCACCUACACUCGAUCAAGAGCCCGCGAACAAUGUCUGGGGAGCUGGUCCAGCCUCUGGGCAGCCCACUAGGUCGACAACGCCUACUGUCAUCCCCAUGCAAAAGACCGGUGACUCCGCUCCAUGGGCCGAUGAAGUUCUUCCCAAGGCUUCACUCCCGCCACUCCCCGCCAAAACGACCGCGGAGCAAAACGAGCUUUCGGACGAUCAACAUGCCUGGGAUGACGUGCCGUCCGGUAACAAGGGCAAGCAGGCUGUGGCAGCAGGCCAACCUGGUGGAGAAAGCUGGAACCUGAUAGAUCAUGAGGCAAUGCCCCAGAGAGAGCCAGUCUCGAUUUCGCGGCAAAGCUCCUGGGAGAACUUUAUGGAUGCCGACGACGCACAAGAAGAGCCCGCCAAGCCCGUGCCGAAAUCACCAUCACAGCUUCCCGCCGCUGCUCCCGUGGCGGAAGAGCCUGCACCGCCGGUUCUCCCCCCUCGCACGAACACUGCGCCGCAAGUACAACCACCGUCGCAAACGCGAUCAUCGCGACCUCCUCCAAAAUCGGAGACGUACCAGAUCAAGAACAUCAACUGGUACGAUGCCAAGAUCCAGAACACCCGCAAAUCGCCAAUCCUUGUGCAGAACGUUAAUGGCCCAUGUCCGCUGGUGGCUUUGGUGAAUGCUCUGACCCUGACAACACCACCCUCGACGACGUCAAACCUCGUGGAGACGCUACGGUCCCGCGAGCAAGUCAGCAUCGCGUUUCUCCUCGAGGCCGUCAUUGACGAGCUCAUGUCCUCUGGCAGGCGAGAUCCUGAUGCAGAUCUGCCCGACAUGACAGAAUUGUACGAUUUCCUCACCGGUCUCCAGACCGGCAUGAACGUCAACCCGAGAUUUCUGCCCUCGCCUGAAGCCGCAAAGCAAUACAAGAGAACGUCAUUAUCUCAUGUGCAUCCACAUGAGCGCGACGUGUCGAUUCCAGGCACGUUUGAGGAAACCAAGGACAUGACGCUGUAUGCGACGUUCUCGAUUCCGCUGCUGCACGGAUGGCUACCGCCACGCGACGAUCCCGUGUACGACGCUUUCGAGCGCCAGACUGCGUCGUACGACGACGUCCAGAAUCUUCUGUUUCGCGAGGAAGAGCUCGAAUUCAAGCUCAGCACAACCGCGGAGGGCUUGACCGAGCCGGAGCAGCAACUAUAUCAGGAUGUCCUAACAAUAAAGGCGUGGCUGUCCAGUACGGCGACGCAGCUUACACCAUGGGGCUUGGAUGUUGUCACCAAGUCCAUUGAGCCCGGCGGUGUGGCCAUUCUCUUCCGGAACGACCACUUUGCUACUCUGUACCGACAUCCGCAGACGCAGGAGCUGCUGACGCUGGUGACGGACGCUGGCUAUCACAAGCACGAUGAAGUCAUAUGGGAGUCUCUCGUAGAUGUACGGGGAGAGAACUCGGACUUUUACUCAGGAGACUUCCGUGUCGUGGGCGGCUCACAGCAACAAUCAGGCAGUGGCGCUAGCAGCCAGGGCGGGGAGUGGCAGACCGUGCAGGGCCGACGCGGCGGCAACAGCCAGCGAAGCGGAAGCGAGGCCUCUGCGCAGCAACCAUCACAGACCGAGCAAGAAGACCGCGACUUGGCGCUUGCUUUACAAUUACAAGAGGAGGAAGACGAGCGGCACCGCAACGAGCAAGCCAGCCGGCGCCGACAGAGCGAGUUGUCAGAACAAUUCAUAGAGCAGCAAGGUCGGGCACCACCACAGCCGCCGAGACCAGGACAGCAGUCCAACGGCACCCGUCAGCGAGGCAACAGCCGCGUCAACAUACCCGUCCGUGGCCCCGGCUCGGCUGCUGGCACCACCGCCUCAUCCAACGGCCGCAACUCGCGGACAACGCCACAGCCCCAGGCGCCAGUUAGAAGCCUCGUCCCGCCGCGCACGCAUCGACCAGCUGACUCGGCCGAGGACGAAGCCCCGCCGACGUACGAGCAGGCCUCGCAAUCGACACCCUACACGCCACCAGCAGGUCACCCCAGCCACCCGGGGGCCACGCCACGCAGGGUUUCUGGGCAAGUGCCGGUGGCGGCGGCGGCCGGGCCGUCAAGCCCAGGCGCCGCUGGCAGGGGCAGACAUCCGGCCAUGGUACCUGUCGGGGGACAACAGCCUGGUGGGAAGGAAGAAAAGUGCGUCGUCAUGUAAUUUUACAACGUUGCCGGUAUGCGGAACUAGCACGUAUGGGUUGAGACAGUGUUCUCUUUUUUCUUUCACUGUUUUCUUUUUGGAGCGUAGCAUAUCAGUACUCUGCGCUUUUCUGGGUUUGAAGGAAUUGGAGCUAUCCAGCUCUCGAACAAUCAAAUGGAUAGUCUAUGCAUCUUAAUCUUAUGAUGCAUGUCUUGUUUGCACACGGCCUUUGUUUGUAAAUGAAUCAACCUUGACGGUUCCAUUGAUUCGGAAAUAAACAAAAACGGAGACGAAGAAGACGAAGAGGCAAAUUAGCUGGGUCAUACUGCCACGGUGAAUCAUCCAUGUCCUAGUCAGUGUUUUGGGUGGAGACAGGG